CGGGAAGCACGAGGUGUGUCGCUGGAGCUCCAAAGCCUGCGAACUUUCUGCCUUGAUUGGCUCAACCUCACAAGCGACUCCCCCGCGGGGCUCGGCAGAAGCCGCGCUGCCUCCAACAGGAGCGGCGCUCCCUCCUCCUCCUCCACCAGACCGCCCCGCUCCUCUCGGCCAGUCAGAGGGCGCAGCCCCGAGGCUCAGCCGCCGCCGCAUCAUGCAGCCGCCGCCGGCUCCCGCUGCUGCCCUCUUGCUCGUCCUGCUGGCUGCGGACUCCUCGCAGACCGUGGUGUUCUACAAAGGUCGCGAAGAGGCUUCUCAGUUCCUUCGCCAGAGGCACCGCCGAGCCUACCAGAUCUUCGAGGAGACCAAGCAAGGCCACCUGGAGAGAGAGUGCGUGGAGGAACUCUGCAACCGGGAGGAAGCCCGAGAAGUGUUUGAGAACGACCCCGAGACGGAUUAUUUCUACCCGAAAUAUUUGGACUGUAUUCAGGACUAUGGGUCACCAGCUACAAGAAGUCCAAAUUUACAUACGUGUGUGCAUAACUUACCAGACCAAUGUUCUCCUAACCCGUGUUACAGAGGUGGUACUAUAAAAUGUGAAGAUCUGAAAGGUGGAUACCUUUGCCACUGUAAGAGCGGCUGGGGAGGCGAGACAUGUGAUAAAGAUAUUAAUGAAUGUGCAGAUCACAAUGGCGGAUGUAAACAGAUCUGUUAUAACAAGCCAGGCAGCUAUCACUGCUCAUGUUACAUUGGUUAUGCUCUUAUGAGUGACAAUAAAUCAUGCGAAGAUAUUGAUGAAUGUGCUGCAACAGCAGGGAUCUGUGGAGAAGCUCGAUGUAAAAAUUUAGUAAAGUCUUACACAUGUGUUUGUGAUACUGGUUACACUUACGAUGAGGUCACAAAGACCUGCAAAGAUGUGGAUGAAUGUGAACAGAACUUCUGUGAGCAAACAUGUGUUAAUUCACAAGGAAGCUAUACUUGCCACUGCAAUGGAAAAGGUGGAGUUAAACUCUCCAGGGAUAUGAAUACUUGUGAGGAUAUUUUACCUUGUGUACCAUUUGCUACUGAAAAAAGUAUUAAAUCCCUCUAUCUUGGAAGAUUUUUUAGUGUGACACCUGCCAUCAAAGCAUUCUUUAAGAGGACACAACCCACAAGAUUUACAGCUGAAUUUGAUUUUAGAACCUUUGAUCCUGAAGGUUUGCUUUUUUUUGCUGGAGGCCAUCACGACAAAACCUGGAUAGUUUUGGCUUUGCGCAAUGGACGGUUGGAGCUGCAACUCAAGUACAAUGGAGUCGGCCGGGUGACCAGCACUGGCCCAAUCAUCAACCAUGGCAUGUGGCAGACAAUAUCAGUUGAAGAAUUGGAAAGAAGUUUAGUUAUAAAAGUCAAUAAGGAUGCAGUUAUGAGGAUAGCUGUCUCAGGCAAUUUGUUUACUCAAGACAGAGGACUUUAUCUUCUAAAUCUAACAGUUGGAGGACUUCCUUUCAAGACCCAUCAUCUUAUCCAUUCUAUUAACCCUCGACUAGAUGGAUGUAUGAGGGCUUGGAAUUGGCAGAAUAAGGACGACGUUACUAUCCAAACGAAUGAUAGGAUGCAGUGCUUUGCAAUUGCAGGAAGAGGUUCUUUCUACCCUGGCAAAGGAUUUGCUAUAUUUAAUCUCAAUUAUGCUCGUCCAUUUGAUAUCAAUGAAACCAGGAAGCAGUGGGAAGUAAAAGUAAAUCUUUUAAUUCGUCCAGCCACAGAUACUGGAGUGCUCUUUGCUCUUGUUAGCAAUAAAGCAAUAGUCCCUUUGUCAGUGGCUCUGAUUGACUAUCAUUCCACAAAGAAGCUUAAGCAACAGUUUAUUAUCUUGGCAGUGAAGAACACGGUGGUUUGCAGGCUGGCAGUAAGCAUUUGUGACAAACAAGAGCACUUGGUGGACAUCUCCGUCAGCAAUAGUCAGAUAGUUUUGACUAUGGAUGGGACUGCAGGACAGAACGAACUAAGCCAGGCACAAGUGGAAGAUUAUCUGUCUGUUUUAGAUAAUUACCUACAGUCAUCUCUAAAGACUUAUGUAGGAGGACUGCCAGGUGAGUGUUAAAUGCUACAUCCGGGAUGCAUAUGAUCUGCUCAUUGAUAGAAGAGAGGUCAACAAGGUACCCUGUGAAAAUUAGUUCUUUUGCAUCUUUUCUGUAUGACUGCCUCAAUAAUAAGCCCUAUUGACUUGUUUGCUUUUAAACACAUUACAGCAUGUAGGUUAGAUCCUUUGGGAAGUUAAGUAAAUGAAGCACAACUUAAUUUGAUUUUAUUCUGAGGAAAAAAAUAUAUAUACUUCAUGCUGUCUCAGGCCUGGCUUUAAUAAAGAGUCACAAAGAAAUAAUUGAAAUGAAUGUAAUAUAACAUGCAAUAUGUAUAUUGGUCAUGGAAGAGCAAAUAAUGUUCCCUUGAACAUUUGUCCAUUAUAUUAGAACUGAUGAUAGGUUUCCCUUCAAGGCUAGCUACUUUUUUGUAUAAUUCUAAUACCUGAAUUCAGCCCCAUCAGAUCAUUUGGGAUGCAGAGGUUGUUAUUCGGCUGUUCAUGCAAUUAAAUAUAUUCCACUACCAAACAUUAUGUUUUCUUUGUAUAAUACCCAGGCAGUGCACUGCAAGUUAUUUACAGGAAAUGGUCCAGAAGUCUAUUAACAAUUGCUGGAUGUCCAGAGGUCAUAAAAAAUACCACUCCUGACAGUGCUUAGAGAUGCUUUCAUAUGGCUAUCAUCAAAUGAUCAGUAACUUCAGCAACUGCCAAUUUUUUCAGUAGAUAUGUGGUUAUUUGGGAUACCUUAUGACUCAGAAUUUUGAAAUAGUUUACACAGAUUUUUCAAAAUCCAUAUGUGUUUAUGGUUCAUUGGAUUACAUUU